UUCAUUUUGUUUUUGAACUUCUUUGCUUCAUCUUCAUCUUGAUUAAUUUUUUAAAGCCUUUCAUCAUUGUAUUGAAUUUAAAAGGGCUAAUUUUGUCCACGUAAUUUCCGUUGAUUCUUUAUUUUAGUUUUUUUGUUUAUAUUGUAACAAUAAUGUCUGAGUCGCCUGAGGAGAUUCAUCUGGUAUCUAGCAACAAGAGCUUUGGGGGAUGGCAGAAGGUUUUUACUCACGAAAGCACAGAACUAAAAUGCCGAAUGAACUUUGGUGUUUACGUGCCACCUCAAGCUGAAAAGCAUCCGGUGCCCGUAAUUUACUGGCUCUCUGGAUUGACAUGUACAGAAGCCAAUUUUAUUCAGAAAUCUGGUUCUCAGAAAUACGCAGCUGAGAAUGGAGUCAUGCUUGUUGUGCCAGACACAAGUCCUAGAGGAGUCAACAUUCCUGGAGAAGAUGAGUGCUGGGACUUUGGAUCAGGAGCUGGAUUCUACGUAGAUGCCACUGAAGAGCCAUGGAAAAACCAUUACAGAAUGUUCAGCUAUGUUACCAAAGAGUUGCCUGCUCUGAUCAAAAAGAAAUUUAAUGUAAUACCGGAUAAACAGUCAAUAAUGGGUCAUAGUAUGGGUGGACAUGGCGCUCUCAUCUGUGCACUCAAGUGUCCUGGACAGUACAAAACAGUUUCUGCAUUUGCACCUAUCAGCAACCCUACAAAGUGUGACUGGGGAAAAAAGGCUUUUGCAGGAUAUUUGGGAGGAAAAGAAGGUGAUAGUCAUUGGAAUGAAUACGAUGCCUCAGAACUUAUUAAAACUUACAACGGACCAUGUCUUAACAUCUUAGUGGAUCAGGGUAAGGAAGACGGAUUUCUUAAACAACUUCUACCUGAAAAUCUUACUGCUGCAGCAAAAAAUACACCUAUAGAUCUUGAUGUGAGAUUUCAAGAAGGUUAUGAUCAUAGUUAUUUUUUUAUUUCGACAUUUAUAGAAGAACAUAUUAAACAUCACGUUAAAUAUUUCAAUUGUUAAGGUAGGCGUUACUUGUUAAAUUAUAAAUAACAACUGUUAUUUGAUUCAAAUUUAUAUUUACAAUAUGUCCAAGCGUUUCAUGUAAAAGUUUUAUACCAUUUUUAACUAUCUUGACUGAAUUUGAUAAAACUUUUAUCAUUUACAUGUAUGUACAUGAAAUACACAUUAUAUAUAAAAAUA